AUGAGGCGACUGCUGGAGUUUCCCGCAGCAGGCGCAGCUCUGCCUUUGGCGGGCGACUUGUCUCAUGCAGAGCGGCUUUUGAAAAACGCUCGCGUCCGCUUCGGUGAAGGCACCAAGGUCCUCGAUGUCAAGUUUCCAUCAGACGACCCUGGAUCACAUGGAAACUCCCCUCCUACCAAAGUACAGGUCUCGACAGUCCUGUGCUCAUGGUAUAAUCCUUCAAAAGUUGUGUGGCUUCACUAUCGCAGCAGUCUUUGGGCGACCAGGGCCAGCAAGAGAUUCGACAGAAGGCUUCAUGGUCGUCAGAUUACAACCAAGAUACAACUUCCAUCCAAGCAUCAUGGGCGGCCGAAGUCGAUAUGGUCGGUCCAAUUAAAUAAUGUCUCUGGAGAAACUACGAAGGAUGACCUACGGGAGCAUCUCAAAGGCGUUGAACCAGAUGACAUCGUGUUUGGGGCGCCAACAUCACAAAAAUCUCCACAGGAAGCCGUCGACUUGGUCAAAUCGCACAUAACACACUCUGGACGCAAGCUGCGAGCAUUCAACCUAGAUUCGAACUUGACUGGCUCUCGCAUGAAGGCUUUUGCGUGUUUUGAUUCUCCAUCUGAUGCCCGAGCUGUGGUCGCCCUCGCACAAACCCAUGUCUCAGGCCUGGGCUCAAAGUUAUUUGUGGAAAUGGUUGCCGCCGUCACAGUUCCGGUCUUACGCGAACUUCACUGCGUCCUCAAAGAUAGAUUCGAGGAGCUCCAAUCCAACAACAAGGAUGAUGUCAGGAUCUCUGCAUACGACCACCGGGAGGUCAAGCUUGUCAUGAUGAGAAUCUACGGGCCAAGACCACAAUCUGUCGCCCAUGUCAAAACGAAACUCGGAGAAUUGCUAACUGGCACGGUUGUGCUCGACGACUCUGGCUCGGCUUUGUGGCAUGACUUCUUUACCAAAGAAGAAGGCCUGUCAUCUCUCAAAUCUGUCUGUCAAGCCGGUAAAGUCUUUGUUUAUAGGGAUUUGCGCAAACAACAGCUCCAGCUGUACGGCUUGGAGACUUUAUUCGAAGAUACCCGUCGCGCAAUCAUCCACUUUCUCAGCUCCCACUCCUCAAUACAUCUGCUAGCCCUAGACGGGGAGCUCUUCGCAACGGCACUGUCUGGGGGCUUCCGCCGGUUAGUAAGGAAAUUCGGCAAGAAGAGUGCAAAGCUGGACAUACUGCAAAACCCGCCAGUCAUAGUGAUUCAAGGUAGUCUUCGAGAUUGGGAACUCGCCAAGUCCAUCAUUCUCGAACGCCCUCCUCCCGAAGCGGAUUCCCAGCUGGCCAACGAUAGCCAGGAAUGUCCGUGCUGCUUCUCGACUGCUGACGAUCCUGUCAAGCUCGACUGUGGACAUACGUAUUGCUGUGGGUGCUUUGAAGGUCUAUGCGAAGAAGUGAAGCAUAAUAGGGUUCCGAUCAUGUGUUUCGGAGAUUGCAACAACUGUGGUCAUAUUGUCUCUUUGAAAGAGCUGAAGAAAAUUCUCGAUUUCCACAAAUUCGAAGCCAUCUUGGAGACAUCCUUUGAGUCCUACAUACGAUCCCAACCGGACAAGAUGCAAUAUUGCCCGACUCCGGAUUGUCCGACCAUCUAUAAAGUCUCUGAUGAAGCCGGCGCGUUUACAUGUGUUAAUUGCUUGACUUCAAUCUGCGUCAAAUGUCGAAGAUUAAGCCACGAUGGACUCAGUUGUACACAAGCCCAUGACGAGAACACGGCAUCUCGUGAAUACGAGAGGUACAAAAAGCAAAACAACGUCAAAGACUGCCCGAAAUGUGGGGCGGCGAUCUUCAAGGAUGGCGGCUGCGACCAUAUGAUCUGUGGGGGGUGUGGUAUACACAUUUGUUGGGUGUGCCUGGAGACGUUUACGGGCGAACCGGAGUGCUACUCUCAUUUGCUCAGGGUACAUGGUACGUAUGGCAACUUGGUUCCAGAAGAGGUGCAGAGGGCCGAGUUUGGACAAGUGGGCUGGUGA